AUGGACUUCGCAAGGGACCUAAAAGGCUCCAAGACCGUUGAUAUUGGGUUUCGGGGAGUUUCCCUGUCGACUGACCCUCUAGGCACAAUCCUACAAAUAAGUACUUUCCAUCCAAAACAUGGAAUUGUGAUUGCAGAACCUUAUGAACAGUUUGAUGGUACCAAAUUUCACGACACACCAUAUGUCCGCGAACACCGCGGGCGUAUGCUUAGGUCUGUUCAGUCCGGUAGUCCUGGAUUCGGCCUACGCUUCGAGACCGAAGUCAAGUCUCUUGUAGUCAACCAACAUGGGCUUGGGCGGGCGACAAUCGUGUACGGAACCAAGUCUGGCCUUGAGAUAACGACGUCACUGAGGGUCAGUGAGGAUGGAAGGAUCUUCCAAUCAUCACAGAUCAAGUCGACCAAGGCCUACCCUAUCUCGCUCACAUACUCAAUUGACUUUGGUAUCAGCAUCAAUCGGGCAUCGUAUGGUCAAUUGACUGAAGGUGGCCCAAUUCCGAUCCCAAACUCAGAGAACAGAAUCGAGGUCCUCGAUGCAGGGAGUGUGUUUACUGUUACGAAUCCCAAUCUAGGUGCUCAUCUGCUUGGGCACUUUGAAAUAAACGGAGAAGAAGUGUAUGUUGGUGCCCACCUCUCAAACCAGACAUAUAUACAGUCACCUGCCAAGGGCAAAAUUUCUCAAUCAGCUGUCGUGGUCCCUGAAUCAACUUUCGAACUGGUGGCCACUUUUGAACUGCGGCCUGGAAGAUACACAACUUCGAAGGUCGACCGCCACAGCAGUGUUUUGGACUUGCGUGGUGCACCUAGUUUGUGGUCAACUCCCGAAACACCCGGACGGUUCAUUGUUCGCAGGAAUCUAGAAUACAUCCUUGGAAACUGCGCCAUACCGUUGUCACAUGAGGGGAAUGCGGUGUGCAUACUCACAGACCACGUUGCCUUACCGCUGGGUUGGAUGAGGGACAACUACUGGCAAGUUCGUUUUCUGAUGGAGGUUUAUCAGAACUUGGGCAGCCUGGAUGGCAUGAAUGCCAUGUCUUUGUAUUCUCACCAGAUCAAAGACACUGCAAAGGGCCAUCUGAAUUGGAUUUUUCGUCAUGCACAGAGGCCGCAUGGCUUUUGGCAUCGGUCGUACUUAACAACUGGUCGGCCGAAAGACGGACCGGUAUUCCAACUUGAUCAACAAUGCUAUCCAUUGCUAGAGCUUUGCGACUUCUGGGACACAUUCCCAGACGAAACAUAUUUUGUCGAGGGCAUUAUAACUGAGGGACUAGUAUGUCAAAUAUUGGAUUUGAUUGAGUCCAAAGAAGACAAGUCAACUGGGCUCUUUUCGACGGACGAAACACCUGGAGAUGAUGCGGUUGAAUUUCCAUUUCAUUUCUCAAGUCACAUACUGCUUUGGCACACUGCCUCUAGACUGUCGAAGGUGUCCUCACAGCGUUCUCUAGGAACCCAAACAUCAGUCAGGUCUGACGCUUUAGCAAAACGUGUGCGCACAUCGGCGAUGAAGUACUUCUUGACACAGGAGUCAGAGGUGGGACCAUCCUUAUUCGCAUAUUUGGUUGAUGGCAAAGGCGGAAAGACCUUCUACCACGAUGCAAACGAUAUUCCGACACUCUUCGCCUCCACGUGGGGGUUUGUCAAAACAGAUCUAGAAGAGCAAGCCUGGCACAACACUAUGGACUUUGGGUGCUCAUUGGCGAAUGAGGGUGGCUACUAUCCUGAAGGACCUUUUGGUGGGCUAGGUAGUGUCCAUACUCGCGGACCGUGGACACUCGGCUACUUUCAAAGCUGGAGAUAUGCGCAAAUGACGGGCGAUGCCCAGGCAGAGUCUACUGCUUGGCAAAAGAUUCUUGGUGUGAUGCUGUGGGAUGGAACCUUUUCUGAAGCUGUGGAUGCUCAAACUGGAGAAUGCACAAGCAAAGCCUGGUUCAGCUGGCCUGGCUCGAUGAUCGGAGCCGGUCUACUGCAGCUAGGCAACAAGGAACGUUAUCUCUAG